UCGAAAGUUUGAGAGUGUGCUGUUCUUGUUUGAUGGGAAACCCUCUAAAAGUAUUUGUUAUAAUUUAAAAAUUCAGCCUGAUUUGACACCUAAACAAUUUCCAAUGACAGAGCUUGUGAGUUUUAACGUCACAUGUGAAAUAAGUUAUGAUGUUAAAAGAGCGCCAAACACAAGUAUGACAUUUUUGGAACUGAAGGUUCUUGAUAAUGAAUCUGUAAAACGGAAUGAAACGGGAGAUGUUUCUGAUCUGAUUUUCCACUUUUUACCAAACCCUGUAAUCAGAACCAUUAAACCACAUAAAGGUUUCUUGAGUGGUGGUACAGUAUUAACAGUCGAAGGAGAACAUCUGAACAGCUCAAAUAUUUGUACUGUGACUAUUUCAUUUGGAGGAGAGAUACAGGUACAAGGCUGCACAAUUGAUCCGAAUUCUGCUGACCAAGUUCUUUGUAAAGUACCACCAGCCACAGCUGGUGUCAGGAAUGCUUUAGAAAACAAUGCUCCCUCCAAUAGCCAAAGACAAAAAAGGUCAACACACUGUGAUGGAUGUGUAACAGUCACAAUCACUGUUAAAAUGGACGGAGUUGAGAUGUCUUUUAACAUUUCAUAUUUUCAUGAUCCUUCCAUCAACACAUUUGACAAAACUCUUCUUUACGAAACAGAUCAACAGUAUUUGGAAAUAAAGGGCGAUAAUCUUAACCUUGUUGCGGGUAUGCAUGACAUCCACAUUACGAUUGGAUUAGGUGAAUGUAGUGUUGUGGAGCUCACAGGCAGUUAUAUGCGAUGCAAGGCUCCAAGUUCUCAACCGCAGCCAGGAAUACAGGGAGCUUCUCUCCCUGAAGUUAACGUGACAAUAGGAAACAUCCAUAAAACUGUGGGGUUCAUUCAGUACCAACAAAAGUUAAAAAUGAUCCUCAUCAUAGCCGGGACAGGAGCUGGAGUGGCCGUGUUUCUUCUUGUGACGGUGAUAGCAUUCUUUGUCUGCAAGUUUCGGAAGGUGGGAUCCAAAGCAAAAGCUCUGGAAAAACAACUCAACGACCUUGAAAUGGAAAUCAGACAGGUGGCAAAUGAAGAGUUCCUUGACAUGCAGACGUCCAUGUCGAUGGUUAAUCGUAACCUUAUAGAACAGGGAUUCCCCUACCACUCGUACCAACAGUACGCGUGUAACACCAUUUUCGCUACCGACUAUCUGAUGUCAGAUCCUGUAAUGUCGGAUGAGUUGCGGGCUCGAGCGAGGACGGGAAUGGAGCGUUUCCAAGGUCUGCUCGAGAACAAGUUCUUCCUCGUUUCCCUGAUAACGACCAUGGACAAACAGAAACACUUCUUUAUCAAGGAAAAAUCCAAUUUUGCUGGCAAUCUAUGUGCCAUUAUGAUGGGGCGUAUGGACUACAUGCAUGAAGUGUUACAAGGUCUGAUCACCCAAUUGGUUGAGGACCCGUCAUCAAAAAGAGGCAUGAAAUCAUUGUUCAGAAGGAGUGAGAGCAUAACAGAGAAGCUUCUGAGCAACUGGCUGUUCCUCUGUAUGUACCCUCACCUUAAGCAUCACACUGGUUCACUGCUGUAUCUGUUGUACAUCGCAACGAGGAAAACGAUGGAGGCUGGCCCUAUUGAUGCUUUAACCAAUGAUGCAAAGUACACACUGUCGGAAGAAAAACUGCUCCGGAAAUACCAAGGCUCGCCAACUGAUGAGGAAACGACCGAACACGUGAAGUUUGAAGCUAAAGCACUGACAUUAAACGUAGAGGUCGACAACGGAGACGAAAUCUACCUAUGUAAGGCUCUCGACUGCGACACAGUCAACCAGGUGAAGCUUAAGUGUAUCGACCAGAUCUACGUCAACUAUCCGGCCUCUCAACUUCCCGCAGAUCCAACUGAGCUACAUCUUGAGUGGCAUGCCGGAUACAGUGGAUGUAUGGUACUUCGUGAUGGAGACAACACGUCCAAGCGUGAUGGUGGCUGGAUUCGUGUGAAUACACUGGCGCACUACACAGUGACCGACCAGAGCAAUAUGGCACUCGUAGAACCCCGCAAUGCUGAGAAUAAUCAGCAGGAAGAUUAUGUAAACUUGGCUCAGAUUGUCGCUGGCUUCGACGUCCACAGUAUAGGGGCUGCCGAGUGUUCCACUUUGAAUGAUCACGAAAACCCGAGGGAGCUGCAACGGUGGCACUUGCUGAAGGAUGGAGAUAGUAACAAGAAGGUCAAAUCAGCAACUGAUGAGCUGUACUUGAACAGGCUUGUCAAAACCAAGUUGUCACUUAUGAAGUACAUAGACGACUUGUUCGGCCUGGUAUUGGAGAGCAGCAAGUGUCCUCCGCCCGUUAAGUUCCUUUAUGAUUUCCUAGAUGGUCUUGCAGAAAAACAAAAAAUAGAUCCCGACACACUCCAUGCCUGGAAGAGCCAUAGCUUUUCCAUUCGUAUCUGGGCUAUGCUGAUAAAGGAUCCGUCAAUUCUAUUUGACAUCAACGUCCCUCCCUAUGUUACGGAGAGCCUGGAUAUUAUCAGCCAAGUCUUUAUCCAGAGUUUCAGUCGCAAUGAGCAGGCCGUUUCAAAGGAAUCGUCGACCCAGAAGCUCAUUUUCCGAAGUGAGCUGUCUAAAUACAGAACACAUGUUCAGGAGUUCUUCAGAAAUGUCCAGAUGAAUAUGCAGUCACCGGAUGAGCUGAGACAAUACUUGACAAGUAUUAACACGAGCCAGCAGGAAAUCACUUUCAGCAAGAACGCAGCACUUUACAGAUUAUAUGUGCAGAUCAAGCCAUAUGCAGAAAAGAUUCAUGACGAUCUGUCGAUCCGCCGAGAGACCAGUUCUCUGCAGUUAGACAAUGCAUUCGAGGACAUCCUCUCUUUGAUGGAAGAAUAAAUCAUGGAGUAUUCAUCAAAAAUCGAGGAAAAGGGCAGAUUUAAAUUAUACAUAGAUACUUGUGAUUAAGUGGUUAUACAGUAAACGAGUAAGCAUAACUUUGGUAAGCAUUGUUAAUUGAAGGCUAUAAAUGGUUCUGCACAAAAAGACUCUCAUAGUUUAUACCUUGAUGACAUUUUAUUAUGAUGGUAUAUUUUGUUUACUAUACACAUUUUUCAGUAUUUAUACACAAUUCAUGUUACAUAUAAUCUUUCCUGUUCAAGUAGUCGUUAUAAAAAGUUAAAUUUUAUUUGUAAUCAGAUUGUGGAUUUUGAGACCAAUAUUUUAGUGGAAUAUAUACUCAUAUUUUCGCUGUUUGUAUAUAUCUAAUUGAACAGUGUCUGUACUAUAUUACGCGUAUUUGUUAUGUAUGUAUUAAUUUAUUUUGUUAUCUUAUAUUUGUUAUUUUGUUGUGUUAAUUGUGUGAUAUGAUAGGGUUAUAGGUACUGAAUUCUGAUCCGAGAGGUUGUAUUUGUCUCGAGUGGAUUUUCAAUUUGUCAGAUUCACGAGGCGCAAGCUGAGUGAAAUCAAAAUCUGCAAGAAUCCACGAGAGUCGAAAACGACUCUCAGGAUCAAAUUGAAGCACGAAUAACUCUUGUAUUUAUACUUUACUGGUCAAAUCACUUAAAAGACACUUGUUUUUAUAAUAAAAGUCAUUUUAAUGACGAGCUUUUUUAAAUUACUGACGUAAUUUUAACAUCGCGCAACGAUACGUGUAAAGAUGUGACGUCAGCAUAGUGGAAUACGGCCGUAUUGCACUGAUGUGGAAUACGGACUACCGCAUUUUACAAUAUUUAUUGCUUGUGGAUUUACGAUGGGUAUAAAAUAACAUUUUAUAUCACACAAUAAUAUUUGUGUUAGUUUUCGUUCGUUCAAUGUUUGCAUGCUGCAAAAUGCGUUGAGAUUGAGAUUUGAGUGUUUCCUUUAUAUUUGGCCCUAAACUCUUGGCAUCCUUUUUGGACUGUGUUUUGUUACCAUACCAUACAUAUUUUUAUAAUAAACAGCAGCCAAUUUUACCACACUGAACAAACAAGCCACGUGUUAUAUUUUGGCUAAUUUGCAAAUAAAAGUGAUACGAUUGGUCAACAGUAAUUUGUUUGUAUAAAUUUAAACCAAUCAAAAGAUUAACAAAUGGUAUACAAUUGACGGCUGUUUAUAUCCAAGAAAAGGGUAUAAGUCACGUUUUAGUUACAUAUUGCAUGUCCAAAUAUAUUUCUAACGGAUAAAGGAAAUACGGAAUGCGUGUAGUAAGAGGUUUGUUUAUAAACUGAUCUGAAUUAAACAUUUUAUUUUAUAUACCAUUUUUUAUAAACCUUCCAUUAGAGAAUUAAACCUUACUUCCCGAGAUAUGGUUCAAAGAAAUAUCUUAAAACAUAGUUGGGAAAUCUUAUCAACGAAUGAAGCACAAAAUAUCGAGUGUACAACAAGAGAGCGUACGAACUAAAUUCCAGUUGAGUAUUAAGUGUGUAUCAAGUUCUGAAUCAACACAUUUAUAAGUUAUUCAUUCGGAAACAGAUAUUAGAACAACUUAGAAAUAUCCAUUUGUUAAAGCGAACACACGAUACGUGCGUUGAUAAUAUGGCCUACUAUUUUGUUUUUUUUAGUUCAUCAUUUCAUUUGUUUUGUUUAUUCUACACAUAUGAUUAAUUUGUUUGCAUUCAAAAUAUUUUAUUUAGUAUAUUAAAUUCUGAAAUUAUUUCCCCUUCAAAUGGUGUUUCGAACAACUUAAUUAAUAUUUGGUAGUGUUUUAGUGUCGUUCGAACUGGUGUCUUCUUGUCAAUAAUGGAAUUAAAAAGGUUAACGUACAAAAUCGGUUAUGCUUAAAAUUUGUUAUUUCUUCUUUCAUAAAAUUCCAUCUUUCAUUGUUGUAUGUAAAUAAUAUCAUCACAUACCUCUGUACUAACACUUAUCUUCCCGCAAUAAAGUUCUUACCUAAAGGC